AUGUCCUAUCCCGACAAGUUCAGUGGCUUUCAAGCCCCGGCCGCCGAAAGAUGGCUCGAAUUUGAGAAAAACUCCUGGACCCCGCGUCCCUUUGGCGACUACGACGUCGACAUCAAGAUCGAAUGCUGUGGUGUCUGUGCCAGUGACAUGCACACCAUAAGUGGCGAUUGGGGAGGCUGCCCUUACCCGCUGGCCGUCGGGCACGAAGUUGUUGGCAAAGUCCUGCGCGUUGGACCCAAGGUCACCUUGGCCAAGGUUGGGCAGCGUGUUGGUUGCGGUGCCCAGGUGUAUUCGUGCCUGGAUUGCCGACAGUGCAAGAACGACAACGAGACGUAUUGUAAGCAUCAGAUUGACGCCUACGGCGCACCCUACCUGGAUACCGGCUACACGACACAGGGAGGUUAUUCAUCACAUAGCCGAAUCCAUGAAUAUUGGGUGUACCCCAUCCCGGAUGCCAUCACCAGCUCAGAGGCUGCGCCAAUGCUCUGCGCCGGCAUCACGGUUUAUAGCCCCCUAAAGCGAUUCGGGGCUGGGCCGGGCAAGAAGGUUGGUGUCGUUGGCAUCGGUGGUCUUGGACACUUCGCCGUCAUGUUCGCAAAGGCGCUGGGAGCCGAAGUCUGGGCCAUUUCCCGCUCACGGGCCAAGGAGGCGGAUGCCAAGAAGAUGGGCGCGGAUGGAUUCCUGGCCACGAGCGAGAAGGGCUGGAACGAGCCGCACAAGAUGACGUUUGAUCUCAUCAUCAACACGGCCAACUCAUUCGACGGCUUCCAGCUCAGCGAGUACCUGAGCCUGCUCGACGUCCACGGCCGAUGGAACUCUGUCGGCCUACCCGGUGGUGAAGGCAUCAAGGUGAAUAAUUUUGAUUUCAUCUCAAAUGGCUGCUUCAUUGGAAGCUCGCACUUGGGAAGCCGCCGGGAGAUGCUGGAAAUGUUCGAGCUUGCUGCUGAGAAGGGCAUUAAAUCAUGGGUGGAGGAGAUUCCCAUCUCAAGGGAAGGCCUGCAGCAGGCCAUGGCCAAGCUGGAGAACAGCAGCGUUCGCUAUCGAUCCUGCAUGACGGGUUAUGAUGAGGCAUUUGGCAACUGA